AUGGUGUUCGUGGACUUGGAUAAAGCAUACGAUAGCAUACCACAAGGUGUCAUCUGGGAUAGUCUCAAAGCUAGAGGGAUCGACUCUAAGCCCGUUCAUUUUUACUGUCAUUAUGAAAGAGAUUUCCCAAUCUAUUGGGAGACGGUACCGUGGUGCAUGCUUUUCGCGGACGACAUAGUGCUGAUAGCAGAAAUUAGAGAGGAGGUUAGUAAUAAAUUGGAUGAAUCGAGGGAAGUUUUAGAAGGUGAACCAGAGGUGUCCAUUGGAGAAGCAAUUGUUAAAUAUACGACCAAGUACAAGUAUUUGGGAUCGAUCAUUCAAAGGGAUGGAGAAAUUGGCGGAGAUGUAAACCAUCGCAUACAAGCGAGCUGGAUUAAGUGGCUUGCAGCCACCGCGGUGCUAUGUGUUAGGAAAUUUCCAAGCAGGUUAAAAGGAAAAUUCUACCGGAUGGCUAACAGUCCUGCUCUGCUAUAUGGGACCGAAUGA